AUGAGCCGCGAGAAGCAAAGCAUUAAUCUCUCGGACACUACGCAAGCUGUGGCUAAUCUGCCACCACACAAACGCAGGAGGCAUAAAUCAAGGGAAAUUGAUUAUACAGGACGUCUACCGAUUAUGACAGUUAAACAACGUAAUCGACAAGCUAUAACUAGACCCAAAAAGAUUUGUAAGAAAUGCCAACAACGGGAAAAGGAGCUUGGAGCCAUGGAAAAAGUCAAAGAAGAAGGGAGUAGUAACAAUAACGCAAUGUUUGCUGACUGGACAACAGAAAGCCUAAACCUAUUUGUACAUAGAAUUAGCCAGACUACAGAAAACCUAACCAGUUUUGCGAGCCAAGUAAGUUUAACACUUGCGACUCGUGCGAAUAAACAACAACUAAGGCGAUAUUCUCUCAAGUGUAACGAUCGAGAAGAGAAAUUGACGGAUAUUGAGAUAGCGCGGUUGCUUCUUCGCCUUAAGCAAUUCUAA